GUUCUUUUUCACAAGCACCUAAGAUUGGGAUCUCCAACACCCUUUUUUUGCUACUUUCUCAUCAAAAUUGCCAUUUUUAGGUUUCACUUUACAAACCUUUCUCAGUUUCCGUUUCCAUUUCUUGAACUCAGUGCACUGAGAAAAGUAUAAUGGGAAAAGCUACGAGGUGGUUGAAGAGCUUAUUUGGGAUAAAGAACAGCAAAGACUACUUGAAUUCCGGUGACCGGAAAGGCAAAAAAGGGUCUAGAAUUGCCCGUUCAGGGAGGGAUCCCAGCGGCGGAUUGUGUCACAGCGUUACAGCGACACCACCACCAAACAUGUCACCGGCAGAAGUGUCUAUGUGGAUAAGGUCAUACUACAAUGAAACGGAGAAGGAACAAAACAAACACGCAAUCGCCGUAGCGGCCGCCACGGCAGCGGCUGCCGAUGCUGCGGUGGCCGCUGCGAAAGCAGCCGUGGCGGUCGUGAGGCUGACAAGUCACGGAAGGGGAACCAUGUCCGGGCACGAGAGAUGGGCUGCUGUUAAAAUUCAAACCGCGUUUCGAGGUUAUCUGGCUAGAAAAGCACUGCGAGCUUUGAAAGGAUUAGUGAAGAUACAAGCUCUGGUUAGAGGAUACUUAGUGAGGAAACAAGCUACCAUUAGGUCCCAUAAAGCUAACAGAUUUGACAUCCCAGCACGAAAAUCUAUGCAGAGAUUAUAUUCUUUUAAUCACACUACAAAUGGCAUUGAUGAAAAUUCCAAAAUUGUGGAGGUUGUUGAUAUUGAUAGGCCGAAAUCAAGAUCUCGUAGGAACGUUAAUGCUUCCGAAUCGGAUUUAAACGAUGAGUAUCAGCCAGUUCAUCGGACAUUAUCUUCUCCGUUUCUGAGUCGAGUUCCGGCUCGAAUAUCUAUACCGGAUGGUCGAGACUGGGGUUUAACAGGAGAUGAAUACAGGUUUUGUACGGCACAAAAUACACCUCGGGUCAUAAGUUCUUGUGGGUCUAACUCUAAUGCCUCGGUUGCACCACCACCCAAGAGUGUGUGCAGUGAUAACUGGUUUAGACAUUAUGGGAAUUACCCAAAUUACAUGGCGAAUACACAGUCUUUCAAGGCUAAAUUGAGGUCACAAAGUGCUCCAAAGCAAAGGCCAGAGCUAGGGCCUAAAAAAAGACUCUCGCUAGAUGAAAUGGUGGAAUCUAGGUGUAGUUUAAGUGGGGUUAGGAUGCAGAGAUGGUGCUCACAAGUUUGAGGGAAACUAUUGAUUUUCAAGAUUGCAACAAUGGGGAAUCUUUUGAUUCACUGGGGUCUCAUAGCUUUGUUUGCAACACUCUCAAUCUCACUUUUAAGGGGUCUGUUAUGAUAUCAUGUAGAGUUUUAAGUAUUUUUUUGUUUUAUUGUUUUAAUAUUUAUGAAAUUUGGUUAUGUACUUAUAAUUUUUAUUUAUAAUAUUGAAAUAUUAUUGUUUUGGAUGUUUA